GACGAGAUUGAAAUUUGACACCAUUGUGGUUCAAUGCUGUGCGAUUUGCGGUUUAUGUUUUGUUGAACAUUUGAGCCAUCAUGGCGAUUUAGAGGAACAGUGCCACAUGAAUUUUCGGUAGUUUACCGCUGUUUCCCAGUGAAUAGAUUACGUUGGAUAUAUAGCAGUUUCAAGGGGCAAAAGGAUGGUGCGGGUGGUGUUUCUCCAUCCUGACCUGGGUAUAGGCGGGGCAGAGAGGCUGGUGGUGGAUGCCGCUGUGUCCCUCCGCUCUCGAGGCUGCAGUGUUCAGAUCUGGACGGCCCACCACGACCCCAGACACUGCUUCCCAGAGACACUGGACCCAGACCUGAAUGUGGUGUGUGUGGGUGACUGGUUGCCCACCAGUGUGGCUGGGUAUCUGCACGCCCUGUGUGCCUACCUACGGAUGAUCUACGUAGCCCUCUACCUGGUCUUCCUCAGCGGAGUAGAGUACGAUGUGGUCUUCUGUGAUCAGGUAUCAGUGUGUAUCCCUGUCCUGAGGUUGUCCCGUCGAAGAAAGAAGGUGCUGUUCUACUGUCAUUUCCCAGAUCAACUUCUUACCCAGAGAGGCUCAGCCUUUAAGAAAAUGUACCGUGCUCCCAUAGACAGGCUGGAAGAACUCACGACUGGCAUGGCUGAUAUGGUGCUGGUUAACAGUUGUUUCACCGCGGGGGUCUUCAGGGAAACCUUCCGUAGCCUGGACAGGGUCCAGAUUGACGUCCUCUACCCCUCCCUGAACACACACACCUUCGACCGACCUCCUGAGGAGGAGCAGGGCUUGGAGGGCUUGAUUCCAGAGGGCGUAUCAUGUCUCUUUCUGUCCCUGAACCGCUACGAGAGAAAGAAGAGCCUGGGUUUGGCCCUGGAGGGCCUCUCUGUCCUCAGGGCCCACGUCUCCCCGGAGGACUGGGUAGGACUUCACCUGGUGGUUGCCGGUGGGUAUGAUGGCCGUGUUAUUGAGAACGUCCAACAUUACACUGAGCUGAAGGAGCUAGCGGCACAGCUGGGUGUAGACAACUCUGUCACUUUCCUGCGCUCUCCCUCGGACAGCCAGAAGGUGGCGCUAUUGCGGGGCAGUGCAGCUGUUCUCUACACGCCUAGCAGAGAGCAUUUUGGGAUAGUUCCAUUGGAGGCCAUGCAUUGUGGUUGUCCUGUUAUCGCUGUGAGUUCUGGAGGCCCUCUGGAAAGCGUGGUACAUGGGGAGACGGGCUUCUUGUGUGAGCCGACAGCUGAAGCCUUUUCCCUGGCCAUGGAGAAGUUAUUCAGAGACCCCCAGCUCGGAAGGGACAUGGGCCAGGCUGGCAAGAGGCGAGUUCAGGAGAAGUUCUCUCUGGAGGCCUUCUCCGACCAGCUGCAUGGAUACAUCUUAAGGCUUUCCCUAUGAUACCUUGGCUGGGGUGGAGAGAAACACUGGGCUUGGGUUGCAUUUAUUUGGAUAGAGGUGCUGUGCAACAAGCAUUGCAGCUUUUGGUAGAUGUUGCCCAUGGUAACAUUUAGCGUCAGAUUUCCUGAGUCUCCCUAUACUGGAGUAACUUCCUCUAAUGUAGCGGACUUUGGACAGAUGUGGAUGGGCUUAGACAGGUGGUUGGGCUAGGUGUGGUGAGACAGGUGGCUGGGGUUGGGUGGUGAGACAGGUGGGCGGGCUAGAUGUGGUGAGACAGGUAAUUGGGAUAAUGUGGUGAGACAGGUGGGUGGGCUAGGGUGGUGUGACAAGUGGUUGGCUUGGGUGGUGAGACAGGUGGCUGGGCUAGGGUGGUGAGACAGCUGGGUGGGAUAGAUGUGGUGAGACAGGUGGGUGGGAUAGAUGUGGUGAGACAGGUGGCUGGGCUAGGGUGGUGAGGUUUACAGCAGGGUUACUGAGGACUAGAGGACAGAUGGGUGGGAGGGUAAGAAGUGCCCUGACUGAAGAGGACUCUGUAGACAAUUAGUCAUUGUUCCCUUAGGAGGGGUUGCUGAGAGAAGGAGGGACGGAAUCUCAGCUCCAAUUAACCAAAGAGUAACGAGUUUACCCAUACUGCCCCUGGGCCCCCCUGAACAAUACCAGCACCAGGCCUCAGUUCCAGAAGUGUGUGUAUGGUGGGUGGGUGACCAAGGGCCUAAUGAACAAGCGCCACCACUAGGAUUGAUCUGUAAAGUCAUAGACGCGCUGCAGUGUGUGUGUGUGUGUGUGUGUGUGCGCACACAUGCCACUGAGCACCAUUAGCCAGUUGCAGCCACUGAUCGAUCAGCAGGAUUUUUCCACUUCCUCUGUCCUCUCAGAGCUUUGUUACUCUCACAAUGAGGGAAUGUUUGUCCUGUACACUGCUGUUGCUAUCUGUCUGGAGGUUAUUAGGAGAUGAUGCUGUGUGUUCAUUAAGAGUGUGUCCGUCCAUGUGUGUGUGCUUGUAUGCCCUCUAGAAGGUUAGCCUGCCUUCUGCUCUAACUGUGUUGUCACUGGCCUGUUAAAGAGCUCUUAUUGACAUUUCUCAAGUUUCAAUAAAGAAGGCACAUAGUUUAUCAA